AUGAUCUUACUGGAGAUCAAUAAUAGAAUUAUAGAAGAAACUCUAACAGUUAAAUAUAAAAAUGCACUGGCGCGUUUAAAGCCUGAAUCUAUAGAUGUUACUCUUGCUGACUUUGAUGGAGUGCUCUUUCAUAUAUCCAAUGUCAAUGGGGAUAAAACCAAAGUUAGGGUUAGUAUAUCAUUGAAGUUUUAUAAGCAAUUAGAAGAGCAUGGGGCAGAUGAAUUGCUUAAGAGAGUCUAUGGGCCACUUCUGACAGAACCUGAAUCGGGUUACAAUGUAUCAGUACUACUGGAUCUGGAAAACAUCCCUGAGGACUGGGAAGAUAUUGUAAAAAAAGUUGGUCUUUUAAAGAGGAACUGUUUUGCAUCUGUAUUCGAGCGUUAUUUCCGGCUGCAAGAAGAUGGUGAUGUGAGCCACAAAAGAGCAGUAAUCAACUAUAGACAAGAUGAAACUCUAUAUGUAGAAGCGCAAGAAGAUCGCGUAACAGUGGUGUUUUCCACGGUGUUCCGUCAUGAGGAUGAUAUGGUUAUUGGAAAGGUGUUUAUGCAAGAACUUAAAGAAGGGCGGAGAGCAUCACACACAGCACCACAGGUUCUGUUUUCACACAAAGAGCCACCCUUAGAACUGUUGGAUACAGAUGCCAAAGUAGGAGACAAUAUAAGUUAUGUCACAUUUGUGCUGUUCCCGCGGCACACGUGCGAGGCGGCGCGCGACAACACUAUCGACCUACUGCACAUGUUCCGCAACUACCUCCACUAUCACAUCAAGUGUUCAAAGGUGUACGUGCACUCGCGCAUGCGCGCCAAGGCGGGCGAGCUGCUCAAGGUGCUGAACCGCGCGCGCCCCGCCGCCACCACGCGCCCCAACGAGCGCAAGACUAUUACGGGAAGAACGUUUGUAAGGCGAGAU